CCUGAAAAUUUCCGUCCACUCUCUCCCCCUCCCCAACACCCCUGAGCUAGUCGUGCAUCGUCGGACUGAACUCCGGGGGCGAGGGGGCGUCCGGGAAGGGGGAGGGGGCCUCGCGAGACCCCUCCCCGCAUCCUGGGCCGCGGUGCUGAAUCACCGGCGAGGUUUCUGCAAACACGUGAAUGAGCCACACACCAGCCGCUGCCCCUGGGUGCCCUGUGUGAGGAGGCAGUGCCCGCCUGCCGCUGGCAUGCCCCGCCACCCCUCAGCCUGAGUCCGGCGGCCCUCGCCCCUGCCCCCCGCCACCCUGCACUGCCCCGGCUCCCCCGCGGCCCCCACACUGCAGUGCGGCCGGGCCCCCUCCCCACAGGGGCCGCCCCCGCCGCCCACCCCUGGUGCCCGGGGCGGCCCGGCCCGCAGGGCCAUGAAGCUGCAGGCCGUGAUGGAGACGCUCCUGCAGCGGCAGCAGCGGGCACGCCAGGAGCUGGAGGCCCGGCAGCCACAGCCACCGCCGCCUGAGCCCCCGGCUGGCCCCCCGGCCCGCACCCGGGCCGCCCCGGACGAGGACAGAGAGCCCGACAACGCACGAAUGCAGCGGGCACAGAUGGCCGCACUGGCCGCCAUGCGGGCUGCGGCUGCCGGCCUCGGACACGCGCCCAGCCCCAGCGGCUCCGAGGAUGGGCCCGCCGGCUCGGAGGACGAGGAUGCUGCCCAGGAGGGGGCACCCGGCUCACCCGGCCCGCCUGGCCGAGGCAGGGAGGCGGUGGGACUUCCUGAAGACGAUGGACACUUCGAGGACACAGGCUCCGACGAUGACCUGAAGCCAAAAUGGGAAGACGAGGAGGAGGAGCUGGAGGAAGAUCUCGGGGACGAGGAGGAGGACGAGGAGGACGAGGACUACGGGGAGGAGGAGGGGCUUGGGCCCCCUGGCUCUGCUGGCCUCGGCCCCACAGCCCUGUUCCCCCGCAAGGCCCAGCCGCUCCAGGCCUUCCGCGGCGAUGGCGGGCCGAGAGCACUGGGCAGCCAGGAGCGCCCGGGGGCUGGCCCGGCCCACCCCGGAGGGGCUGCCCACAUAGCGCCCCAGCUGCAGCCGCCUGACCAUGGGGACUGGACGUACGAGGAGCAGUUCAAGCAGCUCUACGAACUGGAUGGGGACCCCAAGAGGAAGGAGUUCCUGGAUGACUUGUUCAGCUUCAUGCAGAAGCGAGGGACGCCCGUGAACCGCAUCCCCAUCAUGGCCAAGCAGGUACUCGACCUGUUCAUGCUGUACGUGCUGGUGACGGAGAAGGGCGGCCUGGUGGAGGUCAUCAACAAGAAGCUAUGGCGUGAGAUCACCAAGGGCCUCAACCUGCCCACGUCCAUCACCAGCGCUGCCUUCACCCUGCGGACCCAGUACAUGAAGUACCUGUAUCCCUACGAGUGUGAGAAGCGUGGCCUCAGCAGCCCCAACGAGCUGCAGGCGGCCAUCGACAGCAACCGACGGGAGGGCCGGCGCCAGAGCUUCGGGGGCUCCCUGUUCGCCUACUCGCCAGGCGGGGCCCACAGCAUGCUCUCCUCGCCCAAGCUGCCCGUGCCCUCCCUGGGCCUGGCCGCCAGCACCAACGGCAGCUCCAUCACCCCAGCCCCCAAGAUCAAGAAAGAGGAGGACGCAGCUGUCCCCAUCGCGGUUGCCAGCCGCCUGCCGGUCCCCCUGGCGGGCCACCCCGUGGUGGCAGCCCAGGCGGUAGCAGCCCAGGCGGCUGUGGCGGCGCAGGCAGCUGCCCUGGAGCAGCUCCGGGAGAAGCUGGAGUCCGGGGAGCCUCCUGAGAAGAAGAUGGCCCUGGUGGCGGAGGAGCAGCAGCGGCUAGUGCAGCGUGCGCUGCAGCAGAACCUGCUGGCCAUGACGGCCCAGCUGCCCAUGAGCAUCCGGAUCAGCAGCCAAGCCUCCGAGAGUCGCCCGGACUCGGCUGCAAGCCUGGCCAGCACCAACGGCAGCAGCAGUAUUAGCAUGUCAGUAGAGAUUAACGGAGUCAUGUACACAGGAGUGCUGUUCGCACAGCCGCCGGCCUCCACACCACCCUCAGCUCCUAGCAAAGGCGGAAGUGGCUGCAGCCGGGGAGGAAACAGUGGGACCAGCGGCGGCGGCGGCGGCGGCAGCGCAGGCGGCCAGGCCGGGCCAGCGGGGCCGACUUCAACACCCACGACUUCUACCUCAAAUAACUCAUUGCCUUAACCGCAACACUCCCCACCCUGGGAGCCCGCCAGACCGGGCAGGGGGUCGAGGUGGGCCGAGCAGGGGCCGGGAUGGCGGGAGAUACGGGUGGGGAGGGGAGCUCUCCACAGAGGAGCCACAGCUAACGCCAAAAAGGAAAGAAAUAUAUAUAUCCAUAUAUAUAUAUAUAUAAAGAAAAUUUAAUAAAGCAGGGGAAAACCAAGGAACACUUGAAUUACUCAGGUUUUGGACAUGCAGAGAGAUGAAUUGUGAAAACAGCAAGAGAAAUUGGAAAAGAGAAAGACAGAUGUUUCCCAGGGCUUUCAUGCAGCCCUGGUGGACCCACAUGGGCUGGUGUGUGGUUUCUGAUUUGGACCAGUUGCAGCAUAAGGCAGAUCCUGUUUACCUCAUACGUCCCUGCACUGUGUUUUUUCAUUUUUGUCUGUUUUUUUUUUUUUUUCUUUCUGUUCAUCACACAGUCACCACAGCCAGCUCCUUGUGUUGAAUGAAACCCCUGAGCCAAGAUCAGCUGAAAUUUUUUUCUUGUUGCUUUCGGGAACUUUGUUGUUGUUAUUGUUUUUUGUUUUUUUUUUUUUAAGAAAUAGCAGGAAUUCAAACUCUAUAGGAUUUUUAAGAGGUUGGGGGUUUUGUUUUGUAAAUAUUCUAUUUUAUUCUUGGGGGAGGAAUCAAACCUAGAAAAAGGAUAUAUAUAUCUAUAUAUUUGUGUUCAUUCAGGGAAACUGGACUUGAAAAAGCAAAAAAAAAAAAAAAAAAAAGUAACACCCUUUUUAUUUUUCCCAUGACUGAUUUGGGUUCGUUUUUGCGUUUCCUGUGGUGCAGUGGGCAGCUGGUGGGCGCAGGACACUGGAUCCCUGGGCUAGAGCCAGCAGAACCAAUGAACUCAGGUGCUGUGGGCCAGGCCAGGGUGGGGGUGCAUGCCGGGGGUCAGCGGGAAUGGGGUAGGAAUGCUGAGCGGUAGAUGGUGCAUCACCAUACUUGUCUCUGGCAAGCAAGUCUUAACUCAGAAGAGAACGUGCUGGGAGGGGCUCCGCCUGUCGGCCCCAGGCUCCUGUCUCAGGGAUGAAUCGGCUUGGGGGCUCUGGCCUGAAAGGGCUGCUUUCGGAGACUGUCGAUCCUGGGGGACAGGGGUGAGCCGGCCUCAGCUCAGGGCGAGGUUUUUGGGGCCAUGGCACCCCGAACACCCCCCCAUUCUUGUCUCCUUAACUUUGCAGCUGCUGGGAGCCACAGCGCCCUGCAGUAACUAAAGGAACUAGAUAGAGGCGGAGAAAGGGCGGUGCCCCUCCCUCCAGGACCCCCAGGUCAGACGGUGGGCAGAGGGUGGAGGGUGGAUGCAGCUGUACAGCCGGGCAGGGCAUUUAGUUCAGGGCCAGUGAUGGUGCCCCCGCCAGCGGAGCUGCACGUCUGUCCCAAGCCUAGGUGAGGUCUGGAGGCUUUCUGGCUGACCUGCCCUCCGGGUCGCCAGGGACCUGGAGGCGUUGGGGGAGGGGGGGUUAACUCAGGUUCCCAGGGUGAGCCUGGCAUCUCUAAUUGGGCCCAGGGAGCCCAGCCUAACGAGGCCGGGAGGAGCAGGGCCCCUUCUGGGCAGCCUCCCGCCUCCCCGCCCCGGCAUCAUCCGGGCGCCUCGGAGACCCCGGGGUUGGUCCUCGGCCCGUGGGCCUCGCACGGGCUUGCCUUCCUGUGGGGCUGCAGUGUGUCUUCGGGAGGGAGCCCCUAGCCCCUUGCGCCUUUCUCGUGUGUCUCAUGGUCGCUGGUGCCCGGCCUUCGGCGGGGCUGCGCGGGGCUUUCCUCUUGCUUUUUCUUCUGGAAGGUUCUCCCCUCCCAAUCUUCCGCUGCAGCGGCACAAUCGUUGUGGGAGGGGGUCCUUCUGUCCCCAGACACAAGCUGGCCACCCGCAUCCCCUCUUCUCCCUCUCCUGUCCCCCGACCUGACGGAUGGAGGGAGUGUGGGCGCUGCCCCCCGCAUGGCGCUGGGGGUGUCUGCUGUGAGCUUCUUUCUACCUCAGGUCUGACUCUUGAUGCCAAAACCCACGCUCGGCUACCCCUACCCCUCCCGGCAGCAGGGCUUCAGCAGGUACCCAUGCUGGGUCGCAGCCCCAGGCGGCGUGGGCGCCUCCGCCCCAGAGCCUGGGGGCCCGCCUGCCUCGCCGUGUGUGCGUGCGUGUGUGUGUGUGUGUGCGCGCGCGUGUGCGUGUGUGUGUUGUGUGUGUGUGUGUGUGUGUGUGUGUGUGUGUAUUGUGUGUAUUGUGUGUGUGUGUGUUGCAUGUCCAUGGGCGUCGGGGGACCGGGUGUCAUGUUGUGUCCUGUGGGCACUGGACCUCCUGGAUCGAACUCUCAGGGUGUGCCUGCUGUGCCGUGCUGAUGAUUGUAAGGGGGCGGGUGGGGGCGUGGGCCCUCGAGGGGCGCCUGAACGGGUGGCAACGCUGGGGGCUCUGGGGCCAGGUGGGAGCUUGGCCUCCAGGCGGCCUUGCCUCAGGCGGGGCGCCCCCGUCAGCGCCCCUGCCCCUGCAAUCCCAACUCCACCGCCACCUCCUGUUGGUGGGGGUUUCUGGGGUGCAGUUCAGCCCCCCCUUAUGCAAAUUGGGGUGGGGCUGGGGGCUGAGCACUGUUCUUUGCGGAAGGGGUGGGGCUUAGCAAAAAGGCGAGGGUGGGGACCCCCAGACUCAGGAUGGAGCAGGGCUCCCCAGGGGCUCCCCUGCUCUGGGGAUGCUCCUGGACGGGCUGCCUCUAGAGCCUUCCUCGUGACCUCUAAACCUGCGCAGGGCUGUAGCGGUCUGGCUGGGGGGGUGGGACGGGGCACGGGGUGGCGGGUUGGUUUGUAAUAGUUGUGCGUUUGUACAGUCACUUUUCACACUGUUAGCUAUUUUGCCCACUACCAUCCUUUUUUUUUUUUUUUUCUUUUCCUUAAUUUUGCUUUUGCAUUUUUUUCUUGGCAAACACGAAUUUCAGCCUUUCAUUUCUGACAUGUGAAAUUUCAGUUUCUCUGGGGUUUGUCAGCCGGCGUGGGGACCACGCCUGAACUCAGGUUAAAGGGAAAAAAAAAAAACCUUCCAAUAAAAAGAUGUAAAACUACUCUCUACCUCUGGCUGGGCCCAGCCUGUCCCGCCCUGGUCGCGGCCAGGCAGCCUGUGACAAUUUAUUUCAGUUUUUGCAGAACAUUCAGGUAUUAAAAGGGAGAAAAAAAAAAAAAAGACCAAAAAAAAAAAAAAGUGUGAUUUUGAAAUUUAAAAGAACACUGAAAGUUUACAUUUUAUAACAUUAUUAUGCAGAUUGUAUUUAAACUUCAGAAAUAUUUAAGACAAUUGUAACCCUGUAAAGCUGAUGAAAUAUUAAAACAAGACAAAACACUUCUGACUUUUAACAGAAAA